GGUAUCGCAGAAUGGCAAAUGCCCGAUGAUCGCUAUUUUAAGCCAUGAACGGGGCGGGGGUCUAUCUCCUCCCACUCUCCUCCACUCUGCGGACUCCUUUACUUCCUAACAACUCCAAAUCUAGGGCUCCGGGAUGGCGCGGUGGGGCUUCCAGGGAAAGCGCACGGGUCUCUCGCUCGAGCGACCCCUGGUGGUCGGAGUGCUUAUGCCGCCGCCGGAGGGCGGUCCGCCGUGCACGCACCGGCGGUGCCGACGUGCAGUCGGAAGUGUCCGACUCGUCACCGAAGUCGAUUAGCUUCCGAGAUGCUUUUAGCGAAGUAGUCUCGCCUCCCCGGGAGGAGGAGGAGGAGGAGGAGGAGGAGGAGGAGGGCUUAUGGGUGGCUGCGGCGAGUUCGUUAGGGUUGGAGAAGUUCCCGAAGCGAUGGGUGAUUGUGAUCCUCUGCUUCUCAGCCUUCCUGCUCUGCAAUAUGGAUCGAGUAAAUAUGAGCAUCGCAAUUCUCCCCAUGUCAGCAGAAUUCAACUGGAACCCUGCAACAGUUGGUUUGAUCCAGUCAUCCUUCUUCUGGGGUUAUCUUCUCACACAGAUUGCCGGAGGUAUAUGGGCAGACACAGUUGGUGGAAAGAGGGUCUUGGGAUUUGGGGUUGUUUGGUGGUCUAUCGCUACUGCUCUCACUCCAGUUGCAGCAAAAGUUGGGUUGCCUUUUCUGCUUGUUGUACGUGCUUUCAUGGGGAUUGGUGAGGGCGUUGCAAUGCCUGCAAUGAAUAACAUUCUAUCAAAAUGGGUCCCUGUAGCAGAGAGAAGUAGAUCACUGGCCCUGGUAUAUAGUGGGAUGUACCUUGGGUCAGUAACUGGGCUGGCCUUUUCACCUUUGUUAAUACAUAAUUUUGGAUGGCCUUCAGUCUUCUACUCCUUUGGUUCUCUUGGAACUGUUUGGUUGGCAAUAUGGUCAAGUAAGGCGUACAGUUCUCCUCUUGAAGAUCCUGAACUUAGUUCUGAAGAAAAGAAGCUUAUUGAAAGUAAGAAUGUACCAAAUGAACCCGUCACAACAAUUCCAUGGCGACUUAUCUUAUCAAAACCUCCUGUCUGGGCUCUUAUAGUUACCCAUUUCUGCCAUAACUGGGGAACAUUCAUUCUUCUCACAUGGAUGCCAACAUACUACAAUCAGGUUUUGAAGUUCAACCUCACAGAGUCUGGGCUUAUCUGCAUUCUUCCCUGGCUUACAAUGGCAUUUUCUGCAAAUAUUGGUGGAUGGAUUGCUGACACACUUGUGAGUAAAGGAUUUUCUGUGACAAUGGUUCGUAAGAUUAUGCAAUCAAUUGGAUUCCUUGGCCCAGCUUUCUUUCUAACUCAGUUGAGUCAUGUCCAUUCUCCUGCAAUGGCAGUAUUAUGCAUGGCAUGCAGCCAGGGAACUGAUGCAUUCUCACAGUCUGGUCUGUACUCCAACCAUCAAGAUAUCGGCCCUCGCUAUGCUGGUGUGCUGCUUGGGCUUUCAAACACUGCUGGGGUUUUAGCUGGUGUUUUUGGGACAGCAGCAACGGGGUACAUAUUGCAGCAUGGUUCUUGGGAUGAUGUCUUUAAAGUGUCUGUGGCUCUUUAUCUUGCUGGAACUGUGGUCUGGAACCUUUUCUCUACUGGGGAAAAAAUUCUUGAUUGAUUUUCUGGUAAUGGUUAUCAUCAUGAAGUAGAGGUCAUACACACUUGAAGACAGAAUUGAAGAGAUGCGGACUACCUGACUAAUUUCUCAGUAUCAGCAUGCUUUGAAGCAAGGUUAACUGUAGCUACAGCAAAGGCAUCCCCUGUUUGUACAACAUCUACCUUAUCUAAUAUCUUCCCAAGUUGAUGGAAUUGCCGGCAGACUGCAGACCCAAAUUCAUGAAGGAUUCAGUUCUGAGUCCAGAUGCUGUACCUUAAGUAUUGAUUGAAUUGGCACCAAUUUUGCCCUGUAUAUGAUGCUGUAUAUUAAUCUCAAUAAAGUUUGCAAAAAAUGGUACAUCAUCUGAUACAUGAUAUUGGACUUUUUGCUCUUGUACCA